CCUAUUACGACAACAUAAGUAUAUAUACACACACACUCGUGUGUAAUAUCUACUAUAUUUAUUUAUUUUUUUGAAAGAAAAUAAGAAUUUAACUGGUAGAUAAACCAACUCUCUGCUUCUUCUUGUUUUGCUGCCAUUACAAAGACACCCAGGCACAGAUAAGGUUUUUUAGCCCCAGCCCAGCAGCCAAGUUUGCUGCUUGGGCAUUCUUGAUUCUGUGGCGAUAGUCGAUCCAAGGCUUGUGAUAAUUUUUAACAUAAUUUAAAGGGACGCUCACAGUGGAGAUUUGUAAUGGCUGCUUCUGGCUCCGCUACUGCAUCGGGAGAUCUCAUGGUGGAUAGCUUAGUGUCGAGUUGUGGAAAUGUUGCAAAUUUCGUGAAGCCUAUUGGGGUUUGUUAUAGCGAUAGAAUUGGUUGUAGGAGUUUCCAAAGAUCGAGCAUGAGACUGAAAAGUAGAGAACCAUACAACCACCGUCCUAUGCAACACGGGUACUUUAUAUUUGAUGUUACACAGAGGUCUUUUAGCUUCAAUCCAGCUUUUGACACUUCUCCAAAAAAUUGCCAUGCCUCCUCUUCACCAUGUUACUCAGAUGAAUUUGUUCCAGAUAUGACAGUGAAUGGACUGUCAUGUGACGAGCAACUUGCAACUACUACAGUCUCAGCUGAUCAAUACGAUAUAGCAGAGAGAAAAUUGAAACUGCUUUCUGGAUCAUGUUACCUGCCACAUCCGGAUAAGGAAGAAACAGGUGGAGAGGAUGCUCAUUUCAUAUGUGUGAAUGAGCAAGUGAUUGGUGUUGCGGAUGGUGUUGGUGGCUGGGCAGAUGUGGGAGUUAAUGCUGGACUAUAUGCCCGUGAACUCAUGUCCAAUUCAGUGCGAGCAAUACUAGAUGAUCCUAAGGAUAGCAUUGAUCCUGCUAGGGUGUUGACUAGAGCACAUUCUGCUACCAAGGCCAAAGGAUCCUCAACAGCCUGCAUCAUAUACCUUAAAGACGAGGGUAUACAUGCUAUUAAUCUUGGUGACAGUGGAUUCAUCAUAGUUAGAGAUGGCUGCACCGUCUUCGAGUCCCCUGUGCAGCAGCAUGGUUUUAAUUUCACAUAUCAGCUGGAGUGUAGUACCAGAGGUGAUCAACCAAGUUCUGGCCAGGUGUUUAUGAUUCCUGUGGUACCUGGAGAUGUGAUUGUUGCUGGGACAGAUGGUUUAUUUGACAAUCUAUUCAAUAACGAGGUAACAUCUAUUGUUCUUCAAGGGACACAAGAAGGUUUAAAUCCAGAGGCUCUAUCUGAGAAACUAGCAGCUUCGGCGCGAGAGAGGGCUCUAGACAGACAUAGGCAAACCCCAUUCUCAACAGCAGCUCAGGAAGCCGGGUAUCGAUAUUAUGGUGGGAAGCUUGACGACAUUACAGUUGUGGUCUCUUAUAUUAACAGCUCGACCAACUAGCAGAGUAAUAGUGAAUGAAGUUAUAGUUGUAGUUUCUUAUACUAGUGUUUUUUGUCGUUUCAUUCCAGAAUAAGCUAUUACUAAAUGGCAAAGAACCGCUUCCGUUGGUAAUAUCUUCAAUGGUUCUUUGUUAUA